AUGGGCACGGGAGCAGGCAAGAGCAUGGCGUUUAUGUUGCCGGCGUCGUGUUCCACCGGCGUUACGGUCGUUGUUGUGCCACUGGUUCAAGCUGGGAUCGAGUGUGUAGAGUGGGACAGUCGGAAACCGCAGGAAUGGGCGUCAGUAGUGUUGGUCACGCCCGAAUCGGCGGUCAGCGAGAGUUUUGGGGGUUUCAUCAACCGGCAACGAGCCAUGGGGCGAUUGGACCGAAUCGUUGUCGAUAAAUGUCACGUCGUGUUGGAUUCGACAAGCGGAUGGAGGACGCGGAUGCUGGCGUUGCGGGACUUGGUAAAGGCAGAGACA